CUUCCCUUCUUAGGCCCGGCCCCAUCUUAAAGGCGCAGUGUCUCCUAAUUCAGCAUCUUUCUGGAAUCCUGCACUCUCUUCCCCGCCAGCCCCGUCAUGAGUCCUUCCUAGAGUCUGCCCUCCAUCCCUCCUGCUGCUGCUGGGGGGGCAGCGGCAGCCGCGGCCCCUCGAGCACCCCCAGCAGCAGGAGGGAUUGUGGGUAGGCAGCAGGAACCUGGGCAGUGCGGACUUUGGCCUCGAGUGUCCGCGUGUCCCCGACAGCUCAGGAUGGAGGCCUGGGGGCGGCUGGCCAGGGCCGGGCUGGCCCCGCCGGAGCUGGGCGCCCCUCCUCGCGCCCUGAGAGACCCAAGCGGUGCCUGGAGCUCUCCUGGGGCUGCAGCCAGGACCCCCCGUGCUGAGGAUGGCGUGGUCUGGGUGUGGGAGCAGCUGUGGAGCCUGCGGAGGAUGGACAUACACCUCUUUAACCAGCUGUGCACCCUGGGCCUAGAGAUCCAGGCGCUUCGGGAAGAGACAGGGGUCGACCUGGAUGAGGAAGGAGGGGGGCUGGGGGCCUCUCCAGCAGACUGGCUCAUCCCAGACUUUGAAAUCACUAUCUAACAACCUGGGGAGCUAGUGGAAAGGACCUCCCUCUGCCCUCCUCAGAGUGUCCAAACGCCCAGUGGGAUACAAGAAGACAGCAAACAUUUUCAGAUGAAAGCAAAUAUUUAUCUUCAUGGAAGGCUAUCGAGCUUUUUGCCCUGUAGGGGACAGAGAUACCAUUGUUCACAAAUGAAUGAGUUUGCCGAUGAGAGAAUGUUGUAAUUAAUGAUGAUAGUAUGGCAAUUUCCUGGGGAAAAACAGAUUUUUGUUGGUUUAGGUGUUUACAGGUGAGGCAUAGACACUUGCUGAUUGUAUGCAGAUAUUAAUAAAUAAAAUCCAAAUGUUCAAAGAUUGA